AUGUUGAAAAGAGCAUUUUCCUCCCUUAUUUUAGCUGAGCACAACAACACCAAGUUGGCUGGAGGCGUUUACAGCGCUAUAAAUGCAGCUGAUUAUUUUAACGAAGAAACAACAGUCUUAGUUGCAGGAGAAAAUUGCUCAUCAGUCGCAGAAGAAGCUUAAUGCUUAAUUAAGAUUAUCUGUAGCCCCUUAAAGGCCGCUUUCAUCUCCAUAUCGCUCUAUAGCUCUUGCUAUUUCGAGUAAGGCCUCUCACUGUGCUGCUUUUCAUGGACGAGGGCUUACUCUCGCUACCGUGAGCAGAGUCACUGGGUCACUGCGCCACAUGUCAACCAAAAUUGGCUUCCAGAAAAUUCAAAAAGCGAAUUUUUUGAUCGCCUGUCUGCAAAAUGGAAACUCGAAGCCCAGGGACUCAGUCCCUAGCAUUGUGCCAGGAAACAUUCCUGAUUGACCAGGAGGGACCUCACUGGUGCUGCUGGGACGUCCCUUUCCAGCUUCGGUCUCCGGGUGCAGGUCCAUGUAAAUUUCACCAAAAUACAUUGAGUCGAAAAAUGGUUUAAAUUUUUUUGAGAGUAAACAUUUGACCGAAAAAGUUCAUUAAAUUUUGACCAAAUAUCUCCUCCAAGUAAAACCUUGGCGGACGUAAGUUUGAGUCGGCACCCUAAUAUUACCUCCACCAAACCUUAUACUAUCUAGCUGCAACGCAGCCGAGCGACUCUUAUGAGUCGCGUUUUAAUCAGUCUGUGAUUUUGGUUUGCUUCAUUUCUCCUUCCUUAACAGCCUUGGUGCCUUCAUAUCUUAACGCUUUUCCACUAGUAUCUUCACGUGGUAUUCCUUGAUCAAUCUGUCUAUUUCUCCUAUAACCUCAUGUUUACCCAAUUCAGAUCAAAGCUUUAGCAAUUUCUCAUAUUUUCAGCUUACAGAAGCAUGUCAAUUAUGGGUUUUUUGUUAAUAAUUUCCUUUUCUUCCUCAUUUUCCAUCCUUCUUUUUCCUUUCAUUCUCCUCUCUCAAUUUCUCCAUUAGCUUCUUCUUCAGUGCCUCCAUCAGUGCCUCCAUCAGUUCAUCCUCAGAAUCUCCUUCAAUUUUGCCUGCUUCAAUCCACCUUCACUUGCUGCUGCUUCAUGCUGCCUUUUGUUUCUCCAGUGUUUUUUUUCUUUCGCUCUAUUAUGGCCUCAUUUUUUAUUUUCUUCUUUCUUGCCUUCCACAUCAUCUUACUUCUUCCAUCUUCUGUCAAAAUUGCUGCCGAGAAAUUUGUUUGAGAAUUUUGGUUGGCAUUUCUGUUGGUUUCUGUUUGAAAUUCUAUUGAGCUUCUUGUUUGAAUUUCUUUUGCGAUUUCUUUUGAGUUUUCUGUUGAGAUCUUCUAAAAGGAUCCCUUUGAGAUUUCUGCAGGUGUUUUUUAGGUUGCCUUUUGAAUCUUUCUUGGGGUUUGUGCUGGUGUCUCUGUUGGAUUUCAAUUGGAAUAUCUGUCGAGGAUGCUGUUGGGAUUUCUGUUGAGUUUUUUGAGGAUCCUGUUAGAAUUUUUGUUGAGGCUGCUUUUGAGCUUUUUGCUGAAAUUUCUGUUGAAGUUUCUGUCUGGAUAUCUGUUGGUCUUUUUGUUAACGUUUUUGUUGGUAUCUCUGUCUUUCCUGCCAUUAUUUCUAUUUCAAUUGCCCUGACGGAGUGAGUGGUCAGGAUUGUUUCUCUGUCAUCCAAGACUUCUCCUUGCAAUCCUGCAAGCAACUUUACUGCCAUCUCGAGUUCUUCAUUUUCUUCACUCAGUUCUUCUCUUCAACUGCCAUCUUCUUCCCAAUUUUUAUCAAUUUCUUCAUCACAAAAUUCAUCAUCUUCGAGCAAUCUCAGAAACACUAAGGCUUUUUCUAAGUUACCGCCACAUGCAUUCAGCGCCAUCUUUGCUUUUUCUUCCUCGUAGCCUAGCUCCAUCAAGAUUCCUUCAUCAAUCAUUAGCAUCUCUAUCGCAUCAAGUUAACUCAUUUCGUCUUCCUCUUCACUAGAAUCAUAAUAAAACUUGUUUAUGUCAGCUAUUUUCUUACUCCCCCCCCCCCCUCCGUGAGCGAACAAAACCAUUAGAAAAAUCGCCAUUUUUUGACCAAAAACCCACCCUCCGUGAGUGAACAAAAAUUUUUUUUAAUAGAAAAAAUUUUAAUGGAAAAAAAUUUUGAUAUAUAAGUGAUAAUUAGUAUAAUGAAAUCUAGAGCUAAUUCUGUUUAAUUUUAAACAAAUUGCGUUUUAAAACAUAAAUUUUGCAAAUUAAAUUAAUAUUUGCUUCCCAAUUUUUGCAAAUUAGGAUUUUUUUAAAUUUCGAAAAAAAUAUUUUUUAUAAAAUUUAUAUAUAAAAAUUUUUUUAAAAAAAAAAAAUUAACCCCCCUCCGUGAGCGAACAAAAUUUUUUUGUUCGCUCACGGAGGGGGGGGGGGAGUUAGGUUUUCCGCACCAAUGCUGAAUCUCCAAUCAGAAAUUGAAGCCGCCUUAGGUGGUUUUUGUCCCUUUGGAAAUGCUUCCAUUGAAAAAAUAAAAAGUACCUCCACCAAACCAAAUGAAACCUGUCUGGAUAUACAUUCCUGAGCGGCCAUCUUCCCUUCACUAGGUCCCUACCCUAGCUACAGGUAUUAAUUGGUUGGGUUGCUUGCCAUACCAUUUUUAAUGCACAUCUCAGAAGAAGCAUCAAAAAUCAAAGGAGUCACAAAAGUUUUGCAUUAUGACAAUCCAGUACUUAUACAUAAAAAUAGCGACUGGAGAGCCAGCCCUUUUCCUCAACACCUGUAGCCGGGUAUCCCGGGGACCUUGUGGAAGGGGAAAAGGCGCUCGGAAUGUGUAUCCGGCUGGGUUUUACCUUGGGACAGUGGAGCGCAAUGUCGAAUUUGGUCGACCGCAGCUCAUUCUGUCACCAAGGGUUUUUACCUCGAGGAGGAAGGGUCUUCCAAGUUGGAAAGGGGAAGCUCAGCAGCACCAAGAGUCACCUCCUGAUCAAUCGGGCAAUUCCCUAGCGCGAUACUGGGCGUUGCGUCCCGGGCUUGGAUUUUCCUUCUGGCCGACAGCCCUACCAGAAAAUUUGCUUUUCAGAUUUUCGGAAUGGGCAACCUCGUACCCACAGCCUCAAGCAAGGCCGCAGAAUUCCUAAAUCUGCCCACUCAAGACUGGAGCAAGGUUGUAGCUUGCAAGGAGGAGACGACCAACAGAACAGGCUAGCUGUAAAAUCAGAGUCCUGUAGGCGGAAGUCGCAAAGCGGAGGAACCCUCGAGGGGGUCUGGGUGACUGCGUCAACAAGUAACAGCUUAGCAGCUGAUAAUCUCGUAAUUAAGAUUAAGAUUAAGACAAUCCAGUACUUAAAAAUCAUAUGGCAGACGUUAUGACUCAGACUCUUCAAGCAGUCCAAACUCAAUAUAGAUUCAAAAGAAUAAUUGGUGCUACAAGCCAGUUCUCAAGAGAUAUCAUCCCAAGACUUGGAGGUGUCAUGAAUACUCAGCCCAUAUCUGACGUAGUCCGCAUUAUGAAUGAAAAAUGCUUCAAACGUCCAGGCUAUGCUGGAAACGCUAUAUAUACAGUGACUACCCACCAAGAUUUUAUUCUUCUGACAAUCCGGUCAACUUCAUUCGAUAGAAACCCAGUUUCCAAAACUGCGUCCCCAAUCGAAAGAAUUGACCUAAAUAUACCAUUUAGACCUGUCAUGACUUGGGUGUCCCAAAACUUAGAAGCCAAUGAAAGGCCAGAGCUUGGCACUGCAAAGAUCAUUGUGACUGGAGGAAGAGGACUGAAAAGUAAAGAUAAUUGGCAUGUAGUAUACUAUAUAACAAUAAAUAUUAAAAAUAUUUGAUUAUUUUUUAUUUUUAAUUGGAAUUAUUAUAGAAAGAAUAGAAGGAUUAGCUGAAAAAUUAGGAGCUGGGGUUGGCGCAUCAAGGGCUGCAGUAGAUGCUGGAUUUUGCUCAAAUGACUUGCAGAUUGGUCAGACUGGGAAAAUUGUAGCCCCAAAUCUUUAUAUUGCUUGUGGAGUUUCUGGAGCAAUCCAGCACAUUGCUGGUAUGAAAGAUUCAAAAGUGAUAGUUGCUAUUAAUACAGACCCAGAAGCACCAAUUUUCAGUGUUGCUGACUAUGGGCUUGUAGCUGAUUUAUUCAAGGCGAUUCCUGAAAUAAUCCAAAAACUUUAA